CGAUAAUGUAGCUAUCGACGGUAUCGAGGCUUAAGAACGAGCAUUUUGUGGGAUUGUUGGGGUACUGCCUGGAACCAAACAACAGAAUAUUGGUGUACGAAUAUGCGACAAUGGGUUCUUUACAUGAUGUGUUGCAUGGUAGAAAAGGUGUGCAAGGUGCAGAACCGGGGCCCGUGCUGACCUGGAGCCAGAGAGUGAAGAUAGCAUAUGGUGCUGCAAAAGGUCUUGAAUUUCUUCAUGAGAAAUGCCAGCCGUCGAUCGUACACCGGGACGUGAGGUCAAGCAAUGUUCUGCUUUUCGAUGACUUUGUAGCCAAGAUAGCUGAUUUCAGCUUCACUAACCAGUCUUCCGACACUGCUGCUCGUCUUCACUCGACUCGAGUCCUUGGAACUUUCGGAUAUCAUGCCCCUGAGUACGUAAGCUGAUUUCGUAAUUACGUACUU